AUGCCUAAAGCAAUCAUAGGGAGCUGUGUUCUGGUUCUCCUCCUGCUAACUAGUAAUGUCGUGAAUUUAUUCCAUUAUGCGAAUUGCAGAUGUUUUGAUGAUGCCCACGUUAGUACCUCUAGUCUUAGAACAGAGGCAAAGUCACACGGAAGCCCAAAACCAAAGCCCCAAUAUUACAACUGCACUUUUAAUAACGUCCCCAAAAGGGGAAGAAGUGCACUCCAUGGGACAGUCCACGAGUGGAACAAAAACAAAGUAAAAAGAAAACUUUACGCCAUCCAUUUCGGCAGCAAUUUAGCGAGACGAAGUAAACUGGAUUCUUCCAAUGACACAGCUGAAGGUGAUCAAAAUGGAGGGAAUGUCAGUCGCAUACAAAAUGUACAGAACCAGCGAAACACGCAAAAUGAAACAAACGUGGGGGGCUAUAAAAACACGGAGGUGUCCAAACUGAGAAGAAGACUUACGAAAAGCGGAGGAACCCCCAUUCCGCAAUUUUCCAAACCCCUUUUUAUUAACCUAUCUACCCCAAAAGAAGACACAAACAAACGUAGGAACUUCAAAAGGAGCCUACGAAAGUAUGAAGAAUUGUAUGAAAAAUUUACUCCCGAAAUGGAAAAAGAAGAAGAUGGCGAGGAAGAAAUUACAGAAAACUGCCAAAGAACUGUCUCAAAUGUCACCAUGAACGAUUGGUACCUAGGGAACGAUGAGAAAAAGUACAACAAGACUUUGAUGUAUGACUAUUUAUCCAACAUGCACAACACGGAAUAUCAAGACAUAGGCAUAACCUACGAAGAAGACAUUUCAACCGAAUCGAAAUUUGUGCCAUCCAAUUUUAACUCCCCAAAGUGUUACAAUAAUUCUCCUAUUAACGCGUUAACCACUAGUGGGUUCAGUGCCCGUAAUAUCGACACAUUUGGAAAAGAAAGAAACAAAAUAUAUUCGUUCAACACACCGACCGAUGUUAAAAGAAAUGAAUUUUUUAACGAUUUAAUGCUGAUAUCUUCCUCCUAUAAUCAACAUUUUUUUCCCAAUUUGAACUUUCUCCUAAAUUUACACACACUGCAAAUACUGAUACGGGAUAAAACUGCCAUAGAAACGGAUUAUCUAAUUAACAAAUUUGAUCAGCUAAAAGAGAAGCUAAUACAAAGGAAUGAAAAGAAUUCAAAUAAGGCGGAAAGAUUUCCAAAAGGGAAUAACCCCCCCCUUUAUUAUGAAAAAAACGGUACUGACAACAUUUCUGCGGUCAUCCCCGAAUCUGAGUUACAAAUGAAACGAAGUAGCAGCGCUCAAAAUGGUGCCCCCAGUUUGGUAGAGCCCCAAAAAAGUACCUCUAAUCAAUUGGUGAAAAACGAAAAAGACCCAAUGGAUGAAGAAAUUUCUCGCAGUCUAACCCACAAGAAAAAUCUAUUUGAUGACCAAAUUCAAAUCUUCAAAGAAAAAUAUAACCAAAACAUUUUAGAAGACACAGAAUUUAUCAAUAUGUGGAAGUAUGACGAGAAAGGGGAAAUAAUAGAAAAUUCCAACAGCAUACCCAUCCCGAAAAUUUACCUAAAUAUUGACGAUCCGAAAUAUUGUAUGUGGAAAAUUUUACAAAAUUCGGGAAAAAGUGCUUUCGGUGAAAUUCCAACUCCCAACCGAAAAUUGGAAGCCUGGAGGCAACAAGUAAACCUAAAAAAAUUCUAUAAACAGAAUUUUGAUAACAGCAUAAGUUUGAGAAAAAUCUCGAAAGAAGAACUAACAAAUUUUAAGAUGAAAAUCGAUGAGGUAGCGUUCCGCAGUGGUAAAAGUGCUCACCAAGAGGAUCCCUAUAGCAAUAAUGCAGAUGUAGCUGACCUCGAACAGACAGAAUUUCCCUGCGAUGAAAGACCAUUUGCAAGUCCGAAUGAACAAAUUUGCAGCGAAGUAGACGCGAGUGACCAAAACAGUGCUGAGUUAAGUGACUCCACCGAUGAUGAUAAGAAGCCAAGAGACAACCCCCCCAGGGAGGUAAACGAGCACAAAACAAGUUCACCGAAAAAAUUAAACGAGGACAUCAAUUAUUCCAAUUCUGUUAAAUGCAAAAACGCUUUCUACACUUUAGUCGUUCGGGACGGAAUAGUGGAUGAAUACCUGUCCGAUGAUAUAGCCAUCUUGAAAAACUUAGACAGUGAACUGAAGCAGUCAGAUGCCAAGAAGAAUGUAGAAGGUGAACAGAAUCCACAGGAACCUUCCAGCAGUACCAACCAGAGGGAACAAACGAAAAAAAGUAAAAUAUUUGUGGGUAGCUUCUUUAACAUCAAAGAUGCAGAAGUGGAAUAUUUAAUUAAUAAAGAGUUGUAUUACAUUCCCGAACAUUCCAAUUGGUACAAAAAAAAUACGCAACCUUUUGUGAGGGGUCAAAUUGGAAAGCAGUCCAGAAAAUUCGACAACGAUUAUCCCAUUUAUGAUUACAGGAAGAGCGACUUUGGCAUGGCCAAAUUUUCCGCGCUAAAUUUAGCCUCAAUAAAAGAUUGCGCUGUGAUUUACCUAGAUAAAGACAUCGACUUAAGUGACAAGUUUAUUCACGUCAUAUUCAUCGCGACGUCGAAGAAUGAGGACGAUCAGACGAGUACCAAGGAGGCAGACUACUCAGUGUGUGAAAGUUCGCCAGGCGACGAAUCGGUCCAAGCAACGAAUGAAUCGACUUCAAGAAAACAACAUGACGACUACGUCAACGCUGGGGAAGAUGCACACCAUGCAUCACCAAAAGCAAAAGAAAACACACAGCCAAUUCUACAAAGCGAAAAAAAAUACACAAAAAACGAACUAACCAAUUACAUGCACAACCCAGUGACCACCCCCAGACUUGUCGUUUACGUCAAAGGGAAUAGCAAAAUAAACAUCCACGAAUCGCACAUAUCGUUAAGCCAGAAUAACGGAGGCCUCGUAAAUGCAUUCUCUAGAAUCGCCAUGGAAGAAAAAUCAAACGUCAAGCACACCUUAUCUCAAGAAUUAGGUAAAAACGUGUGGUACUUUCACAACGUUUCAGUAAAAAAUGGAAUCAAGGCAAAUUAUAAGUUCGCAGAUGUACUCCUGGGUAGCCUCUCAUCAAGAGUAAAUUUACAAAUUGAAGGUGAAAAAGGAUGUAAACAAGAAAGUUACGGAUUGUCUUUGCUAGAGGAUAAACAAAACAUCAGUCAGUAUGAAAUGUUUCACCAUGAACACCCUAAUAUGGAAACAAAUCAGUUAUUCAAAUUUCUAGUAUCUGAUAAAGGGCAUGCCGUUUGGAGGAGUAGAGGUCGAAUUGAACGAGAUGCAAUAAAGGCCAAAUUAAAUACCCUCUGCAGAUCGGUACUACUAAAUUUUGGGGCCAGUGCCGUUGCCAUACCAACUUUGGAAAUUAUUCCAAGUGAUAUUGAAUGCGCAAAUCAUGGAGCAACUAUUAGCGAUUUAGAGGAAGAACCCAUUUUUUCUCUAAUGACAAGAGGAAUAACUGAAAAAAUUGCCAGACAAAUGAUGAUGAAAGCCUUCGUUAAUGAAAUUCUUGAACACAUACCGGAUGAAAAUCUUAGGGAAAGGGUUCACAAAAAGGUUUUGGAGUUAUCCCUGAAGUAUAGGAAGACGAUUCCCCCAAAUUUGGAGGAGCGAAAAAGUGAAGCCACAUAA